UCCGCAUGCUCUGACGUCAGCACGGAGCCGCCAGCGCCCCGUUGUCGCGGGGAUGGAAUCCACCCGCGGUGGCGCGCGCGCGUUGUGAACAGUGCCCUGUCGCUGACUCCGUAGGGGGUGGAAUGUGACCGUUGGUGGGGGACGGGGCGCGGCUCCAACCGCCGUGAGGCCGGGCCGAUGCCGGGCCGCAAAUCCUCCAAGGAAAAGAAGCGGCGCCGCUCUCGUUCCAGCGGUCUCGAGGGGGGCUUGGGCGCGGGGAGCACCGAGGGGAAGCGGCGAAGUACCGAGUCCAGCUACGGCCUCUUGGAGGAAAUAAAAUGUACUGUGCCAUCUGCAGAAAAAGAGGAGUUAGCUGAAGAGCACAGCGACAUAGAAGAAGGUGGACUGGACCUCAGUGUGUCACUAAAACCAGUUAGUUUCUACAUUGCAGACAAAAAAGAAAUGCUUCAUCAGUGCUUCUGUGUCAUAGGGGAGAAGAAACUGCAGAAAAUGCUGCCUGAUGUUUUGAAGAAUUGUUCCAUGGAGGAAAUCAAAAGGCUUUGCCUGGAUCAAUUAGAACUUCUAUCUGAGAAAAAACUCCUGAAGAUUCUUGAUGGUGAGACUGGUGCGGACUCUGAUACUGAUGAAGAUGCAGAUCGUGGUGGAGAUAAGACUAGAGCUGAAUCAGUCAGUCAACAAGACAACAAUGUAGAUUCUACUUCUUCUCUGAGGGAAGACAGCAAACUGGAAGGUCUGGAGUCAAAACAGGCCUGUGAUGCUACAGGAAAAAAAGGUAGAAGACAAAGCAGACUAAGCAGAAGCAAGGGAGAAGAUAGUGAUGUCCUCAGCAUAAAUGCAGAUGCAUAUGAUAGUGACAUAGAAGGCCCAUGCAAUGAAGAGGAGAGUCCAGAUGUGCCAGAAAGUGCUGUCAGAAGUGGAGCUGGUCAGAUAGAUGACCUUCAGAAGGACAUUGAGAAAAGCGUGAAUGAGAUACUGGGGUUGGCAGAAUCCAGCCCAAAGGAGUCUAAAGCAGCAAACUUGACUGUUGCUCCAUCAGAAGAUGUUCAGCCAUCAGCACAGCAGCUGGAGCUCCUGGAGCUUGAGAUGAGGGCCAGGGCUAUUAAGGCCCUGAUGAAGGCUGGCGAUGUAAAAAAAUAGCCCUAAGCUUACUUCAUUUUAAUAUUUUUUUAUAUUUGUUUUGAAGGGUGUGAUGUCUGUUCUCUUCAGUGCUAUAGUACGUUUGGAUUGGGCAUGACAUUCCUCAUUCAAACCCUUUUGAGUAUCCUGACCUGUGGCUUAAAUUGUUGAUAGUUGGUUUUCAUUGCCUUUGGCAUGCUGCUUCUGUGACUUAUACAAAUGGAUUGGUUUGACACUGCACUAGAUCAGUGUCUCUUUUUGCUGGGUUAUCACUUGACGUGAAUCAGGAAGAAGUCAUAGAUCUAUGCCAGGAUGCUGGGUGCCUUUAAUAAAGGUUAAACGAACACCGUAGGUUCUUCAUAAUUCCUGUAGUUAGCAAUUAAACUGCUAAUUUUUUUUUUCCUCCUGAACUUUUUAGCAAUUGAAGUAACUUGAUUUGCAUGUGCUUCUUAAAAAGGUACUAUUUUGAGGAGGUCUUCUGUGGCAUGACAGUACUCAUAUCUGCUUUCAGCACUCUGAUACGAUUUGAGAUGUUUAUUUCUCAUUGGGCCGCAGCUUUUAGGAAUAUAAAUGAAUUAGUUAAAAUUGAAUGACAAUUUACUUUGGGAGAUUAAAAGCAUGCUUAAUUUUUAGAGCUAAAAUUGCUAAGGAGAAUUUUUUUCAGUAAGCAAUCUAAGUUAAUUGUUGUUAGAGAAAGUAAUUCCAGUGACAAACUAUGCUAGUAGGUGUGUUUAUACUGCUGGUCAUUUUAUUUGGCUAGUCUCCUCCCACAAUUAUUUUAUCAUGUACAUCUCAGCUGAAAACAGGAAAAUGAAUGCUUUGUUUUUCUCAUUGUGAGAUUUUGUUAAUUCAGCACAUCAUCUUGUGAGAUUGGAUAAUGCAGCGAAUCAGAAACUGUGUAAAGAUUUCUGAUUUUGAGCUCAAGUUUUUGAUAUUUAACUGAUUUAAUCUUUUCAGAUCCCCUGUAAAUAGCUUUCCAGAAAGGUGGUAUAAUUUAUUUUUAUGCAUUUUUGUAAGGAUUCAAAAAUCAUAAACUCAUUCUUCAUUUUAAGGAUGUUUAUAAAUAAUUGCUUUUAUACAACUUGUUUUCCUAUUAUUUGGUAACUGCGACAAAUUAAUUUUGAUUGUUUGGAAGUGGUGCUAUUUUUAUAAUUGAAAGUAUAUUUAAAAGAAACUUUUGAUUUUGUUACAUCCCAGGUCUGAGUCUAAUUCUUGUUAAAUAUUGUUAAAUAAAAUAAAUGGUUCAUUACA